AUGAAAAAAGGCAAAACAGAGAAGCAGCCCCACCAGCGGCGGGUCCCGGUGGGCACCCAACGGCGGCGACCAGCGGGGACGACCCAACACUCCGGGCCCAGCCGAGCCCCGCGCCCUGCUUCCCAGCCCAAGCCCGCUAAGUUGGCUCCCGGGGUCUGGGAGGAGGGGAAGUUCUGGAGGAGCAGCAGCGAGCCUCCGUGCCGACAGGAGGCCGCCGGGCAGGGCGGCGGGGCUCCCGGGAGCGGCGCCCGGAACAACGAGGCCCGGCGGGACGUCUCCGGCCCGGCCGGGAGGCGAACCCUCUCAAGGGGCCGGGGUCUCGCUCGCGGCCCGCCGCCGGGCAUCCCGGAUCCCGGCCCCCAGGCCUGGCCCUCCCGACCGCCCACGGCGCGCCCGCCUUCCCCUCCCUCAAGCUCUUACCCGGGCUUGUCGUCCCAAACCGCUCCGGUCCAGCUCCGAGCAGGCCGCGGGCAGAGCCAGGCCCGGCCGCGGCCCUCGAGUUCCCAGGAAGCCGCAGGCCGCGCAGGUCGAGCCGGGCAGGCGACACAGGAAAAGCCGCGUCUCGUCCCUCCCCUUCCUCCGCGGGGACCGGGUGACAGGGAAGCGAGAGGUUUCCCCGACCGCGGCCGCCGGCGCACUUUCCGUCCGCAGCACGCGGCUCCUCAGGCCCUGCAGCUCAGAGGCCCGCGCGGUGCUGCCGGCGGCGGCGGCGGGGGGAGGCCGCGUCCAUCGCGCUCCGGGCGGGGGAAGGGAGGAGGGUCCGGCGGGCGGGCGGGCGGAGAGGCUGCGGAGGGCAGCGAGCGCGGCAGGGGCGGAGCAAAGCGGCGCUCCUGGGCGGCGACCCCACCGGCCGCCACGAGGGGCGCUGCGGAGACCCGUCGGCCAGCAGCGCAGGGGCGCCGGCCGGGGCGCUCUGGCCUCCGGGCCUCGGGCUCCUUCGCCUCCUCAGCUGUCGCUUGGCUCUCGGACGCCCUGGCGCCUCUACGCCCCGCUGUCAAUCCGAGCGCGCCGCCGGCGCCCCGCGCAGCCCGGCGCACGCACGCUCCGCUGUUGGGCGCGGCGUCGCCGCACUCAGCGCGCUCCUGCUGCGGGUCCCCCGCACGGCCGAGCCUCCGGCGGCCCGACGAGCGUGCUCCGGCCCGAGCUUGCCUCCCUCCCCGCUGCUCCCCCGCCUGCGCACGGAAGUGCGUCGCGGGAGGAGAAGCGCCUCCCUUCGGUCCUGGGAGGCAGAGCGCCCCGCAGCUCGCCAGCAAGAAAACCUUUCCCCGCAACCCUCGGCGGUCAAUAUGGUCGCGUCUUCUCUCCGUUGUACGGAUGGGAGAACUGAGGCUCCUGAAUCCUAGUGGCGUCCCCAGUAACUCAAGAAGCCUGAGGGCCAGGCUUUGAUUAGCUGAGCCUGGA